AUGGCCCACGAACCGAACGAGAGGGAUCCCCUCAUACCGAGGACCGGCCACCGGGGCGGGCACGCCGAGGAUGCAGGAAGCUGCAAGGCCCUCGAGCAGGCGUCGCUGCCCAGCGGCGCGAGGUUCUACGCCAUCAUCGUCACCCUGAUGCUGAGCUGCUUCCUCGCGGCGCUCGACACGACGAUUGUGGCGACGGCCAUCCCCGCCAUCACCGACACGUUCCAGUCGCUCAGCGACGUCGGCUGGUACGGGUCCGUCUUCUUCCUGACGCAGACGACCUUCCAGGCGACCUGGGGCAAGGCCUACGGCUUCUACGACCUGCGCACCACCCUGGCCGUCUCCAUCGUCGUCUUCCUGGCCGGCUGCGUUGCUUCGGCCGCGGCCCCGAGCAGCGCCGUCGUCAUUGCCGGCCGCGCCAUUGCCGGCAUCGGCGCCUCGGGCAUCCUCGGCGGCGUCUUCACCGUCAUUGCCUUCAUCACCGACGACACCUGGCGGCCCGUGUACAUGGGCAUUGUCGGCACCACCUUUGGCGUCGCCAGCGUCGUCGGGCCCCUGCUCGGCGGCCUCCUGACCAGCACGGCCUCGUGGCGCUGGAUGUUCUGGAUCAACCUCCCCAUCGGCGGCUUUGCCCUCGUCGCCCUCUUCGUCUGCUUCCAGACGCCCAAGCUGGCCAAGGACGCCCAGAGGCGGCUCCCCUGGACCGCCGUUGUGCGCGAGCUCGACUUCACCGGCAAUGCCCUCGUCACUGCCGCCGCCGUCCUCUAUCUGCUCGCCAUGGAAUGGGGCGGCACCGCGAAGCCGUGGAGCUCCCCCCCGGUCGUCCUCGCCCUCGUCUUUUCCGGCAUCCUCACCGUCGCCCUGUGCCUCUACGAACGCGCCAUGGGCGACCGGGCCUUGAUUCCCUCGCGCCUCUUCACGCAGUGGCCCGUAUGGCCCAACUGCAUCUACACCUUCUUCGUCUCGGGCGUCUACUUCCCGCUGCUCUACUUCCUGCCCAUCUAUUUCCAGGCCGUCCAGGGCGUCUCGCCCGCCGUCAGCGCCGUCCGCAACAUCCCCCUCAUCCUGGGCGUCUCCGUCUUUAGCAUUGCGUCGACGUCCUUUAUCGGCCGUACGGGGCUGUGGAAGGUCCCUCUUGUCGCCGGUGGUCUCAUCACCCUUGCCGGCUCCGUUCUUCUCUGCCUGCUCGACUCCGACUCGACCACGGCCGAGUGGAUCGGCUUCCAGACCUGCGCCGGCAUCGGCAUCGGCACGGCCAUGGAGGUGCCGCUCGUGGCCAACCAGAGGAGCCUGCCGCUGCAACACAUCGCGGCCACCGUCGGCCUGACCAUGUUCUUCGAGCUCGCCGGCGGCGUCGUCUUCAUCUCGGCCGCCCAGGCCAUCUUUGCCAACGGCCUGCUCCGGAGCCUGAAGCAGACGGCCCCGAACCUCGAUGGCCUCGACGUGCUGCACCACGGCGCUCUCCGCCUCGGGGAAACGUUCGGAGACGACGCCCCCGCCGUUCUCGAGGCCUACAUCAAUGGCUUCCACGGCGUCUUUGCCAUGUCCCUGGCCUGCGCUGUUGUACCCGUCUUGGUAUCCCUGAUCGUCCUCUCGCCCUUCUUUUCCCCACGCAGGAAGAGUUUCUGGACGUAA